UGCAACCUUUACACAUCUCACAGGUCACAAUCUACAUUUAAAGGGCAGUUGCUUCGAUUUGACAAGAAAAUGGCUCAGUGUUUUAGUCGGUUUAUGAUUUCACUGGCUUUAAUUCUCUCAUUUGACUACUUCACAACAGGAUCAUCUGCAAAUGGAGCAGCUAAGAAUGAAGAUGAAAUAGAAAUCAAGUAUGCCUUACUGGGUGCUGGAAUAGGAAUAUUUCUCGUUGUCUCAUUUGUCCUAAUUAAGAUUUACAUGAUCAAAAAACACAUUUAUGAAAAUGAGUUAACAGACACUCCAUCCAGACAAAGCCACUCAUUAAGAGAAGAGAGAAACAGACCUGUCCAGAACUAAAAGGCGUGGGAGCUGUGAAUGGACCAUCAACUCACAACUCCACUUGCUCGAAAGAAGGAAACUAAACAAUGACAUCAAGUAUUGGAUACAAAUAUUUGGAUUCAUUCUCAAGAAUUAGGUGGAUUUGCAAAGAAUGUAUAACACAAGAAACAAGCCUAUGAUAUUUAUGUCCUAAUCAAGGCCCUUUCCAUUCAUAUUCAUCUAUCUCUAUCAAUAUAACUCUGUAUUUACUGCUCCCACAUCUGCUUGUUUCGCAUUCACUUGAAUACAAUUUAUCUCAACGUUUACAGAUUCCACAUUCUCAUUACUCUCUGUUAAAGAAGUUUCUUCCGAAUUCUCCAUUAGAUAUCUUAAUCACUAUAAUGUACUGAUGGCCUCUAAAUUUGAUGAAGCAAUGUUAUAUUCCUGGUGUAUAUAUUCUAAUACAGUUAAUCCAAAAACAUUCUCAGGCCACAUUAUAGUAUUGCCUCUUAUACAAUCAGUCAUUCUCAUCACCCAGUACAACAGCAUGGCUCAAUCUGGUUGACCCGAGACUGUUUAUUGUUGUGUAGGAAGGCUUGUGUGUGUAUGUUAUUUUCCUGUUGGUGUAUAUUCCUGCAUAUUAUGAUGUGGGAUCAGGAAUUUGAAAAAAUAUAUAAAUCUUGUGUGAACCCCUAAUUUGAUCUCAAAUUAUUUUAAUAAAACUGGGGAUGCUGGAAAACAGAAAUUGCUAGAGAAAAUCAACAGGUCUGGCAGCAUCCCUGGAGAAGAAACUAUUUUCAAAUUAUUUUCCUUGGCCGGUCAUUCUGACAGAUAGUUUUACCUCACUGUUGUGCUGUCAUGACCAUCCUGCUAGAAUGGAGUGCUCUUUCGUCACCAGACUGUAAACUAAAAACUACUUGCCAAUGCUGUAUUGGAGGCAAUCAUGUGGAGUGUAUUUCCAAACAAUUUGUAUAUCAAAAAUAUCAUUGUAACUGUAGUGGUUAAAUGAACAAUAAGCCACGCGAAGCUCUAAAUGUUUUCCCAAAUGGCUUGUUUCUGUGCUAUAAUUGUUCUGUAACUCUUUUACUGCCUGUUCUGCAAACCUCGUUAUGUCAGGAGAAAAAGGAAUCCAAAAUGUGUCAGUAGAAAUCCUGAUUGUGUGGUGCUAAUAUUUAGCACUUUAUUUUCAAAGAUUGUAUUCAUGUAGCCUCUUUGUUGGUUAAGAUGGCACUUCUCUCUUCCUGUACAUACAUUAUGUGAUGUAAAUAGUUAAACUCAGAACAAGUGGUUUCUUUUUUCCAUUGGUGAUCUUUAAUCUUGAAGUGAUAUUACAUGAUCCUGAAUCAUCUCUACUUUGUAUUUAUAAACGUAGUACCAAUUUGUUGUAGAGCAGUAGCAUGCAAAUUUUUAUAAGCUCCAGAACUACUAAAGUGUGAACAGUGGGAUGUAAAGAGUGAUUUAACAAUCAAGCCAUCACUUAAUGAAUUAUUCCUUGUAUCCCACUAUGGCCAAUCAGUAAUCCUAGACAUGUUUCACACGCUGUAGUUUCUGAUCCACCAUCUCUUUCGUACAGUCCCACUUGUUUUCAUUCUCUCACCUCUCCCUGGGGAAUUGUUGCAUCAUUAAUCAUAAGUCUACUUUCAGAAAUAAACUUUCUUUGAGGUCAGCAA